UACGUGUACAUUUCAAAAUUUAUGAAGUUGUUUAUUGUUAUCGUGUUGCCCUUUUGUUUAAUUUCCUUAAGAAUGGCCACAGUUGUAUGUUCUAAGACAGCUUUUACAUGCCAUCUUGACCCGAUUUCAAAUUCUUCUAUGAAAUUAAUACUGCUGAAAAACGUACAAAAUGUAAACACGAUCACCGAAAACAUAAAAAACGGUGUAUGGAAAUGUGCUGCUAUAAAUCCGUCUUUAAUACUGGAUCCUUUCCAAGUAGCUGUGGCCGCCAACCGUGCUGUCGUUGCGCAAAUGUUAGGAAAUAUGGUAACAAAGUCAGUAUAUGGAGAAAUUUUAUAUAACUUGUCACUCACCAAAAAUAUAACUCAGAGCUUAACCAAGUUUGGUGUUUACAAACAGCAUUGUGUUUUACUGUGUUUCAUUAUAAGACAAAAAGAAGAUCACAGUGACGACGUUUUGAAGCAGAUCAAUGGAGAACUCUGUCCCAUUUCAGAUCUAAAUAAAUACACAGAUCUUAAACAACUUCAGGAUGCAUUUAAAUUGGACAGUUUACAGUGCACUGAUAACCUCUUAGAUAGUAUUGUUAGCCGUAUGGUAACCAAAAACAUUGUGUCUUUUAAUAACAGGGGUAUUAUUCAAUGAGAAAAAUUGAGCAGUGUUGGCCUAGUGGCUCCAGCAUGCGACUCUCAUACCUGAGGUUGUAAGUUAGAUCCCUGGCUGUGCACCAAUGGACUUUCUAUGUGCUAAAUUAACAUUGGCUCGCACGGUGAAGGAAAACAUUGUGAGGAAACCGACAUGUCUUAGACCCAAAAAGUCGACAACGUGUGUCAGGCACUGGAGGCAAAUCACCUACUUGCCUAUUAGACUUAAAAAAAAAUUGAUCAUGAAACAGAUUCAGAAAUCUGAGACCAAGACCUAAAGAGGUUGUAGUGCCACUGGUUAAAUUUUUUAUUUUAUUAUUAUUCAAUGAGAACUUAAGAAGAAAGAGAAGUAUUAUUUAUAACAACAAAAUCAAUUCAUUUUUUAAAAAUUUGUUUAGUCAGAUUGAUAAACAUAAAUGUUUUUUUAAAUAAUAAGCAUAUUAAUGUAAGAAGCUAACAUAGGUAGACUUGUGGUUUUUUGGAAUUCUUAUAUGGUGUUAUGUCUGCUUUGGGUUAAGAGUUUGAGAUGUUUUAAAACUGUGUGCAUAACAUUAUUUAAUGUUGUUAAAUACAGUAAAUUACAUCAUUGUACUUUGCACUGUUGUGCAACGUUAGUAAGUAUAGAAUUAUAUUGUGUGUAGAAUUUUAACACUGCAAUGUAGCAAACAUUACAAUAUUGUAGUUAUAUAUUAAAAGCAGGUUGUUUUGG